CAAAGAUAAUUAAAGAUAAUUUCCUGUUUUACAGAAAUGGAGCAAGAGGCACAAAAUGGAGAACCUGCUGAAAUUAAGAUAAUCAAGGAAGCAUACAAAAAAGCCUUUUUAUUUGUUAAUAAAGGACUGAGUACAGAUGAAUUAGGUCAGAAGGAAGAAGCAAAGAACUACUAUAAGCAAGGAAUAGGACACCUGCUCAGAGGAAUCAGCAUUUCAUCAACAGACCCUGAGCACACAGGUCCUGGGUGGGAAUCUGCUAGGCAGAUGCAACAGAAAAUGAAAGAAACACUACAGAAUGUACGUACCAGGUUGGAAAUUCUAGAGAAGGGCCUUGCCACUUCUCUACGGAAUGAUCUUCAGGAGGUGCCCAAGUUAUAUCCAGAAUUUCCACCUAAACACACAUCUGAAAAGUCACUGGCACCUCAGUCCUUUAGUUCACCUCCUCAGCCCACUGAGGUAAAUGGAAACACUUCAGCUACCAGUACAGGGUCAGUUCCUGCACCUAGUUCUCUAUCCUUACCAUCUCAAAGUCAUCCAGCAGAAGCACCUCCUGCUUAUACUCCUCAAGCUGCUGAGGGUCACUAUACUGUAUCAUAUGGGACAGAAUCUGGGGAAUUUUCAUCAGUUGGAGAAGACUUCUACAGAAAUCAUUCUCAGCCACCUCCUCUUGAGACCUUAGGGCUUGAUGCAGAUGAGUUGAUUUUGAUACCAAAUGGAGUACAGAUUUUUUUUGUAAAUCCUGCAGGGGAGGUUAGUGCACCUUCAUAUCCUGGAUAUCUUCGAAUUGUGAGAUUCUUGGAUAAUUCUCUUGAUACAGUUCUAAACCGUCCUCCUGGGUUUCUUCAGGUUUGUGAUUGGUUGUACCCUCUAGUUCCUGAUAGAUCUCCAGUUCUUAAAUGUACUGUAGGAGCCUACAUGUUUCCUGAUACAAUGUUACAAGCGUCAGGAUGCUUUGUGGGGGUCGUCUUGUCUUCUGAAUUACCAGAAGAUGAUAGAGAACUCUUUGAAGAUCUGUUAAGACAAAUGUCUGACCUUCGGCUCCAGGCAAACUGGAACCGGGCUGAAGGAGAAAAUGAAUUCCAAAUCCCUGGCAGAGCAAGAUGCCCCUCUGACCAACUAAAGGAAGCCAGUGUGUCUGAUGUGGGACAAUUGGAUCCUUCAUUGGACCAAAGUAGUAAGGAUAUACGUCAUAAAGGAAAACGGGGUAAGAAGGGUAAAGGUACUUCAAGUGAAGAAGUCAAUCUGAGUCACAUGGUACCCUAUGAGCCAGUUGCAGAAGAAAAAGCAAAGGAAUUACCUGAAUGGAGUGAGAAAGUGGCUCAAAACAUUUUGUCAGGUGCUUCCUGGGUAAGUUGGGGUUUAGUUAAAGGUGCUGAAUUUACUGGCAAAGCAAUCCAGAAAGGUGCUUCUAAACUCCGAGAACGGAUUCAACCAGAAGAAAAACCAGCGGAAGUUAGUCCAGCUGUGACCAGGGGACUUCAUAUAGCAAAGCAGGCUACAGGAGGAGCAGCGAAAGUCAGUCAGUUCCUGGUUGAUGGAGUUUGCACUGUAGCAAAUUGUGUUGGGAAGGAACUAGCUCCACAUGUCAAGAAGCAUGGAAGCAAACUUGUUCCAGAAUCUCUUAAAAAAGACAGAAAUGGGAAGUCUCCCCUGGAUGGUGCUAUGGUCGUGGCAGCAAGUAGUGUUCAAGGAUUUUCAACUGUCUGGCAGGGAUUGGAAUGUGCUGCUAAAUGCAUUGUUAACAAUGUUUCAGCAGAAACAGUACAAACUGUCAGAUACAAAUAUGGACAUACUGCAGGAGAAGCUACACACGAUGCAGUAGAUUCUGCCAUCAAUGUUGGUGUAACUGCCUAUAAUAUUGACAACAUUGGCAUCAAAGCGAUGGUAAAGAAAACUGCUAAACAAACAGGACAUACAAUCCUUGAGGACUAUAAAAUAGUUGAUAAUUCAAUGGGGGGAAAUCAAGCAGGGGGAGCAAAUGUAAACAUGAAGGGGGAGAAGGAUGACCAGACAGAGGAACUGGAGAAGAAUGAAGCAAAGAAGAAAGAUAAAUGAUGGAUAUGCUAUGAAUUACCUAUACCAAAGCCUUACAAGAUGAAUGCAAUUGUGUUGAUAGGCAAAUGUGAAAUUCCCCAUGGAUUAACCAGUAGUUUUUAAAUGUAUUCAUUUCUACAGAGUGAGUGUUUAAUAAGUUUUAUGGCAUGUAUUCUACUUAUAAAGAAAAUAAUUGGUAUUCUUUCAUCUGGCCUUUAGAAAUAUAGUUAUAUUCUAUUAUAGUUUAUUUUUUUCUAAAUGUGGCUAACAUAUUUUUGCAGUUACAACAAAACUAAUAAUGCAUGUGCCCUCAUUAAACCUAAUGUUAAACUGUUUUUGUAUUUGCUAUCUUUCAGAAAGCAAAGUAGGAUAUUAUUAUAUAUUUACAUAAAAUUUGGCAUUUAGUAACCUUAAUUUUAUUUGUACUGGGAAGGAAUGACUUAAAAUAUUGUUUUCUCUCUUUGCACUAAUUGUGUAUUUUUUUAGGUAUUUGUCAGUAUUUCCAGUAUGUAAGCUAAACAAAAACUAUAUUUCUAAACUAAAAUAAUUCUCAGAUAACAUUUAAAAAGACUUUUUCAAAACAGGGAAUAGACCAAUGAAAAACAAAAUAAGGUUUAUGAAAUUAUUUAGUAGCUUACUCUUCAUUAGGAAAUGAGAUGGUCUUUUAGACUUAAAAUGAAUACAGAUAGAUUAAUAAAUCUUCUGGAUUUCAACUUGUAUUGACCUAGUAAGAACCUGGGAAAUUUUGGGGUAUGAUUAGUAUUGCAUUAAAAUUUGCAGUGAUUAUUAAUCAGCUUAAUUGGACAAAAAAAUACUUUAAGAAAU